AGGACAAGCAGGUAAGUAAGAUUCUUGUUAUUUUUCUCAAAAUUAACGAACGCACCGCUUGUCAGGAAAAAACACUCAUUUGGUUAAACUAUCAGAUGUUCGAAUUGAGCAGGUUGGAUUUUUUUUUAACACUUUUCUACCAAACGUGCAAUAAAACGGUAGUCAUUGAAAAGUCAGUAUGGGGAUCGGGAGGCAAACAAGCUAGCUAGCAUUAGCUUAGUCUGCUAGCAAAGUUGGCUGUUAUUGGCCGUUAGCUUACUACGUCAAACAUUAGCAUGGCUAACAUUAGCUUUUCUUCUAGCGCUGGGAGAAAGUACUGUUAAUUGUGUCACAAAAAUCACUGGCAAUGCAUUCUUUGACACGAUUAGUCACCAAAGAACCCCCAUUCAAAACUUACUUUUUAAUUCCCGAGCUCAAUGUUAAUAUUAUUCAACAUGUAAAACUUUUUCAUUAUAAAUUUGCAAUGAUAACGUUCCCGUAGGUUUACAUUAGCCCUGCUAGCGUUAGCUUGCCAGCUGGCCGUAAAAGAAAAAGCCUUGAGUGUCAGCUAACAACUUUAUUUACUGAGUGUCUCUUACUCGAAAAAAGAUUAAACUAAUGUUUGUCUGUGGAUUCUUCUAUUUUUAGGUGUCAUGUUAUUCCCAUGUGCGGUACCUGGAAUUAUGGCCCCUUGGAUUAUUGAAUGGAGCGUUUCAAAAAUGGAGUUAAAGGCUGUCCUCAGGUGGGGCAGUAAGCUGGUGGUGUGGAGCAGGCCACGGUGCCCGUCCCUCUGCACUGCAUGGCUGCGAUGGCGCCCGCUCUCACCGACGCCCCAGCCGAAGCUCACCACAUCCGCUUCAAACUGGCUGCCCCAUCCUCAAGUCUCUCACCAGCCAGUGCAGAGAACAACGGUAACGCCAGCAACAUCCUCAUCCACAGCAGCGGCUCCGCUAAGUGCAAGGCCGUGUCCGAAGAUUGCCCUCUUGACUUUUGUGGCGGAGACCAGGAACAGCAGCCCCAAGUUGACUCUGUGGCUCAGGCCUCGGCCCUGGGAAAGCUCCAGCCACUGGUGGCUUCUUACCUAUGCUCUGAUGUGACACCUGUCCCUUCAACUAAGGAGUCACUCAAGCUGCAAGGAGUCCUCAUCAAACAGUCUGUGUUGAAAAGCCACAGAAUACUGCCCAGCUCCCUGCUCAACGGCGGAGGAGACUUCCUGUUGAGGAAGAGGCAGCAGAUCGAAUUCUCUGGCGGCCAACUCAAAAGCCUCAUGAGUGGCAGCACUAACGGAGGUGGCCAGCCAAUGGCACCUGUCAAUGGACUGGCCAAGAAGCUGGCCACUAUGUCUGGCUCUGGCUGCGUGGUGGCAGUGAAUGGUGACAAGCCGUCUGCCACCACAGACUCUCAGUCCCAGAACCUGCCCUUGGACGCUGAGACCUUGACAGCUACCUUAUCGGGGCAUAUCCCGGUGAAAGGAACCCUUAAACAGAAGCAUUCCUCUGGGGUUUCUCAAAAUACAGACGGAAAAAAUCGCGAGCCACCAGUUCUCCAGUCUGCUGCCCUUUCCCCCUAUACCCUUGACAACCCUAACCCCACUGAACAAGUGAAUUUGGAAGAAGCUGAUUCACACACGCCUACCAGUCAGUCACAGGGUUCCGAUAGGGAGAGACCAGGUAGCAGCCAGCAGGGCUCCCCGUCUUGCACACCUGCACCACAGCCUCCUCUACCCUGUACUUCUUCCUCGGACAGCCUUGAUGCUCAUGUUAAGGAGCGUACCCUUCUCAACAGCAGCCGCCAAUCUGAGAUCGAAAGCCGACUGCGUCGCCUGCGCAAACGUCUUCAGGUUGUUCAGGCCAAGCAGGUGGAGCGGCACAUUCAGCAGCAGCUGGGUGGCUUCUUGGACUCUGCUCUCAACCGGCUUUUGGCUGGAAACCGUAAAGCAGAAACUGCAACCCCUACAGCUACAUGGAGGACUGGACGCCACUCUUCCUCAAACAACAGAGAUGGCCUUGGUCGCUUCCUGAAAAGCGGCUCCAUGCCCUUGGAACUGGAGAGGCUGUAUCUGAGUGGAUCGGCCAACCUUCAUUCAGCAGAAAGCGCCUUUGACUCAGAUGUAACAGAAAGUAGCUCUGGAGGAGACUCUGACUUGGAGGAGGAGGAGCUGACCAGAGUGGACAUUGAGCAGCGACAUGUCAAAAUAUGGAAACGGGCGGAGAGCCGUUACACCGUGGAGAGAGCUGCCAUCAUCAGCCACUGGAACUGGCUCCAGGCCCACAUCUCGGACUUGGAGUACCGCAUCCGACAGCAGACAGACAUCUACAGACAGAUCCGCGCCAGCAAGGGCUUAGUGGAGCUGGCAGGCGUUUCCCCCAGCGGAGUGUCUGCAGGUGGGACAGAAGUGAAGACAGAGCCUGUAAAUACUCAGGAUGUUGGUUCAGAACGGCUGGAGCACACAGGCGUCGCCCACAUCUCCAACACAGAGUCCGGCCAGUGGAAAGGUCAAAAUACACAGCCUGUUAACGGCGUCCUCAGCAGGAUGGCAGAGAGUGCAGACACCAAGCACCAGCAGCCGUCAGCCUACGACAGCACGUGUGUGGCUGCGCGUACACGGCCGCUAGUCAGCUGUCGGCGACGGAGGCUCAUUCAGCCCAACACUGUGCCCAACCUUAACGGCAAGGCCCAGAGAAGCAGCUGUAUCCAGUGUAACUGCAGGGUAAACCCCAGCAGCUGUGUGAUGUGUGGUGGCUGGCCCACCCCCAGAGAGGACCCUCAGUAUGAGCAGCCCACCCUGGAGCGCCUGUCAAGACUGGAUCUUGGCGUCCACCCCAUUCUCUCCUUCCCUGAUGACGUUUGUAUAGGCCUACGUCUGCAGCAGGUGAUGAAGAGCCAGUGGCAAAGCAAGUCACUGGAGAGGAGCAAACCACUGAAGAAGCUCUCCCUCAAACACAAGCUGUCCUCGUCCAAAGAGAAGCACAAGUUCACCAACUCACUUAUGGCAGUCAGUGUUGCAGGACUGGGCCACUAUAAGAACCGUGCUGAGAAGCUGAGGACGGUGGACAGCAGUGUGGGCAGCGGCAGCAGCAGUAGCGCUGUUCUAAACACAGCCCGGCUCGAGGGCCAGGCCGUGUGCAAGACUGAGCGGCUGCAGGGCCUCUCCACCCCCUUAGGGCCCUACGACAAGAACUACAGCCGCAAGAGAUUAAGAGAGCACUCGCUGGACAGGACCGACACCUCCCCUAAACUUUUCCUGGACUCGAGUAGUCCCUGCCCGACUCUGGCCAACAUGCACCCGUCCCUCCACAGCCCCCUCACACGCCAGCUGUCCACGUCUUCAGAGAACUCCACACCGCUGGGCCAGAGCGUCCAGAGCACACCUCAGCAGCCCAUCAAGAGGAGGCGAGGUGAAAGCUCUUUUGACAUCAACAACAUAGUAAUCCCCAUGUCUGUGGCUGCCACCACCAGGGUGGAGAAGCUGCAGUACAAAGAGAUUCUCACGCCCAGGUGGCGAUCAGUGGACAUCUUCUCUCUGCCAAUAACUGAAGAGGAAGAUGAACGCGAGGUGGAGGACCUGACAGACGCAGCCUUCACUGUGCUCCAUCAACCCCAUGAGGACCAGGAGCGUUCCCGCUGGACAUGGAUGGCCCUGGCUCCCGCUAAGAGGAGGGGCAGCAGGUCGUACAAAUCUGUUGACGGGCGCACCACACCUCUUCUGUGCGGGACCAACCCCCCCACCCCUCAACCUGCGUCCCCAGACCACUGCCCUAUGCUGCACGACUACAGCCACGUGCCGUCACCCAUGAGUCCAGCCAGCCCCGACACCACCUCCAACCCCAACACACCCUGUUCCAGGGACUCGCAUCGGCUGCUGUCCAGCGAAGACACGCGGUGCUCUACGCCAGACUUUACCUUUGAAGAGAGGACGGUAGCACCGUGGGAACGUCGUGGCUUCCCCUUGCCAGAGGACCCCGCCCCGGAGCCGGAGCCGGAGAGCGACCACCUCAUCAGGCCCAGAAUGCGCAGCAUCUCAGGUUGCCGAGCAGCAGCCUACGGGCGGCUGGAUUCGGACGACAUGGAGCUGCCUUGUGACGACGACAGCGGCCCCAAAAACAAGGCGUCCUCCACACAUCGAUGAAUGACUGACAGGCUGAGGUCCCCGCCCCCCCACCCACAGCUCCUCUCUGGCAUUAACAAGCAGAACCUCAAAGCAGAAUAAGAUAUUAAAUGGGUUCCUGUUGUUUGAUAUUCAAACAUCAGUCUAAUACUUUUCACAGUUUUUAGUGAACAUUAUGGAGAUAGAAGCCUUUCCCUGCACUUGUUUUUGUCACAGGAAAAAAAAGGAUAAAUGUAAAAAAAAAAAAAAGUAUAAAACAACACGUUACAAAAAAUGUUUUCUGUAGUAGGCUAAACAAUGUACAUGGGGGGCUUAGUGGUGUUUCAUAUGUCGCGUGUACACUUGUAGCGCACUAUGUAGCGGACUCCUCAAAAUAUGGCCAAAGGGUGUUUUCUAUUGACUAGUUUGCUUGUAAUUCCCAUGUACAUUUUUAGUGGAGUGACAAAUUACAAAACAAGAAAAAAUCCCCCUCAUCCAAAUAAACAGGUACAUUUGAGAUGUGGUCCCUUCUUCUCCCUCUAGAGGUCGCCUGAAAUCACCAGAGCACUUCUCCAACUGCCAAGUCUAGUUUUGUUGGUUUGCUUUUUCUUCGUUUGUUUUUUCAUUCCUGACAUGUUUUAUUUGUAUCUGUUCUGUCUGUUCCUGCGUAACACAUUAUUUGUGUUUUUUUGAAUAGUAAAUCAUUCCUUUUUACGGUCUUUUUCUUUUUGGGAGUGUCCGGCUCCUUGUCUCACCCCGCUGUCUCUUCUUAACUCUCUCAGUUCUGUUUUUUAAAGUGGGUGGUGGCAUAGAGAGGACUGUGGUGUCUUCUGAGCACUUGCUCUACAGAAAAAAAGCGCUGCUGCAUGCUAAAAAACAUGCUAAUGUUAGUCUUAUCACAACAGCACACAGUAAGCUUUCCACUUAAAAGAAACAUGGCGGGGGAUGAUUGUACCAUCUGCUAGUUUCACUCUUUGCGUACAGUCGUUGCUGUAUUAGAAAAGUUAAAUUGUGGCAAAAUAAAGACAUAACACAAUCCCCCCCCCUUCUUCUUUUUUUCUGGUCCAGCUUGACGAGUUUCCUCUUGCAAACAUUUCAAAUGUAGCAGCUCUCAGCUAGAAGCCACCCCGAGCUCAGGUUUUUCAAUUUAAGGGAAUAUUUUCUGCUGUUUAAUAGUUUCACUCUGAUCAGAUCUAGACUACUCUGUUGCAAGAUGAGUUUUGUUUUUUGCCACCCCACCAAUGUCAUAACCACACUCUUCUUGCCCCCCCUCCCCCCUUAAGUAACUAAUUGCUAUGCAAAAAAAAACUAUGGUUGUUUUCAUUUUACACCUCCUUUUAAUGCCACAGCCAUUCAAUCACUGUUUUUUCUUUUGUAGUUUAAGCAAGAUGUCAAUGUACCUGUUCGAUUGUUGCAGCAGUUAACCUAAUCAAAAAGCAGAAUUGUUUUUUCUUUUUUGUAAAUAGUACCAUUAAAACAUUUAUGUUUAACUUGG